GGAGGGGGAGGGGAGCGGGCCAAGAGAGAGAGAGAGAGGAGAGUGGAGGACGGGCGCUGUGAGGGAAAUAUGUAUAGGGCGUUCGUAUUGGAUUGAGCAGAUGAUGAGGGGAAAGUCGCGGGUCGUGAGGAGUUCCGAAACGAGAGUCGAAGGCGAGAGGGUCUAAUUGCUCAUUCUUCUUCUUCGUCUCCGAGGACGGAGCGAGGAGCGAGAGAUUGUGCUGCGCUCGAACCGCGAUGUCAGAUCUUUUGCACUCGCUCCAUCCAUCUGCCUCGCAUCGAGCAUCCGUGAUCGAGCUCUGAUCUGCUCCCUCUUCGCUUCGCGGCGUGGUGUUGUCGUCGUCGUCGUCAGUCGUUGGUGUUUCCCUUCUGUGGGAGCAGGUGCCGACAUCUGCCAACACCUCGCGCAUCUUGGCGUCGAGCCUCUCGAAUGCGCCGAGCUCAGGGGCGGAAGAAGCACAAGUGUCGAGUGGGCUAGAUUGAUCCCGGAGAAGAAGUAGUCCGGCAGAUUUCACUAGUUUGAGGGCUCCGGCCGGGGAUCAGCUGCCUUGCAACCAUGGCAGCUGCUAAUGCUCCCAUCACGAUGAAGGAGGCUCUGACGUUGACGAGCCUCGGGAUCAACCAAAACUUCAUCACAUUCACCCAUGUGACUAUGGAGUCUGAUAAGUACAUUUGCGUGAGGGAGACGUCUCCUCAAAACAGCGUGGUCAUCAUCGACAUUGCUAUGCCACUGCAGCCUCUGAGGCGGCCUAUCACUGCAGAUUCUGCUCUCAUGAACCCGAACAGCAAAGUUCUUGCCCUAAAAGCUCAAAGUCCGGGAACCACCCAGGACCACUUGCAAAUUUUCAACAUCGAGCUUAAGGCCAAGAUCAAGUCAUAUCAGAUGCCAGAGCAGGUUGUUUUCUGGAAGUGGAUCACGCCCAAGCUUCUGGGUCUUGUUACACAAACAGCUGUGUUUCACUGGUCUAUUGAAGGUGAAACUGAGCCAGUCAAGAUGUUUGAGAGAACUGCCAAUUUGAGUAGUAACCAAAUUAUCAACUACAGAUGUGAUCCCUCCGAGAAGUGGCUUGUUCUGAUCGGCAUUGCUCCUGGAGCACCUGAAAGACCCCAGCUUGUGAAGGGAAAUAUGCAACUCUUCUCAGUUGACCAGCAACGAAGUCAAGCACUAGAAGCACAUGCCGCAUCUUUUGCAACAUUUAAGGUCUCAGGAAAUGACACUCCCUCAAUACUUAUAUCGUUUGCCACGAAGACCGUUAUCAACGGCCAAUUGACCUCAAAGCUUCAUGUCAUAGAGUUGGGUCCUCAGCCAGGAAAGGUGGCGUUCACUAAGAAACAGGCAGAUCUUUUCUUCCCGCCAGACUUUGCAGAUGAUUUUCCAGUAGCCAUGCAGAUAUCACAAAAGUACGGGCUGAUCUACGUCAUUACGAAGCUUGGACUCUUGUUUGUAUACGAUCUGGAAACAGCCACUGCAGUUUACAGAAACCGCAUUAGUCCAGAUCCCAUCUUCUUGACCGCAGAUGCGCCUUCAGUUGGUGGAUUUUACGCGGUCAAUCGCCGUGGACAAGUCUUACUGGCCACCGUGAAUGAGGCCACCAUUGUGCCCUUCGUUAGUGUUCAGUUGAACAAUCUGGAACUUGCCGUCAACCUUGCCAAGCGUGGAAAUCUACCAGGAGCUGAGAAUCUGGUUGUACAACGAUUCCAGGAGCUCUUCUCUCAGAUGAAGUACAAGGAGGCUGCUGAACUUGCUGCUGAGUCUCCUCAAGGCAUUCUCCGAACACCGGACACUGUUGCCAAGUUCCAGAGUGUACCCAUACAACCUGGGCAAACGUCACCCCUACUCCAGUAUUUUGGAACCUUACUUACUAAGGGAAAGCUCAACGCAUUUGAAUCGCUUGAGCUCUCAAGGCUGGUCGUGAACCAAAAUAAGAAGAAUUUGUUGGAGAACUGGUUGGCCGAAGAUAAACUGGAAUGUAGUGAGGAACUAGGAGACCUCGUAAAGACCGUGGAUAGCGACAUGGCUCUUAAGAUAUACAUUAAAGCUAGAGCAACACCUAAAGUCGUCGCUGCUUUUGCUGAAAGGAAGGAGUUCGAUAAGAUUCUUAUCUACUCUAAGCAGGUCGGCUACAAUCCGGAUUACCUAUUUUUACUGCAAACUAUCUUGCGGACAGACCCUGCGGCUGCUGUCAAUUUUGCCUUGAUGAUGUCCCAAAUGGAAGGCGGCUCUCCUGUGGACUACAACGUCAUUACGGAUCUGUUUCUUCAGCGUAACAUGAUUCGGGAAGCGACGUCGUUCCUCCUCGACGUGUUGAAACCCAAUUUGCCCGAGCAUGGAAUGCUUCAAACCAAGGUUUUGGAGAUCAAUCUUGUCACGUUUCCGAAUGUUGCCGACGCAAUAUUGGCCAACGGAAUGUUUAGUCACUAUGACCGCCCUCGUGUUGCUCAGCUUUGUGAAAAAGCCGGUUUGUAUAUGCGGGCUCUGCAGCAUUAUUCAGAUUUAACUGAUAUCAAGCGUGUCGUUAUCAACACCCAUGCCAUUGAACCUCAGGCCUUGGUGGAGUUUUUUGGAACUCUUUCCCGAGACUGGGCACUUGAUUGCAUGAAGGAGCUUCUUCUUGUCAACAUGCGUGGCAACUUGCAGAUUAUUGUUCAGGUUGCUAAGGAGUAUUCUGAGCAGCUUGGAGUCGACUCCUGUGUCAAACUUUUUGAGCAGUUCAAGUCCUACGAAGGAUUAUAUUUCUUCCUUGGAUCUUCUUUGAGUUUGAGUGAGGAUCCGGAGAUUCACUUCAAGUACAUCGAAGCAGCCGCAAAGACAGGGCAAAUUAAGGAAGUGGAGCGAGUGACCAGAGAGUCAAAUUUCUACGAUCCAGAAAGGACCAAGAACUUUUUAAUGGAGGCCAAACUUCCAGACGCUCGCCCAUUGAUUAACGUCUGCGAUCGCUUUGGAUUUGUGCCAGACCUUACACACUACUUGUACUCUAACAACAUGCUUCGGUAUAUUGAAGGCUACGUACAAAAGGUCAACCCAAGCAAUGCUCCACUUGUAGUGGGCCAGCUUUUGGAUGAUGAUUGCCCUGAAGAUUUUAUCAAGGGACUCAUCCUUUCUGUCCGAUCAUUGCUACCUGUUGAGCCGUUGGUUGCUGAAUGUGAGAAAAGGAACCGUUUGAAGUUGUUGACUCAGUUCCUCGAACAUCUGGUGAGCGAAGGCAGUCAGGAUGUGCAUGUGCACAAUGCUCUCGGAAAGAUCAUCAUUGAUACCAAUCACAACCCUGAGCACUUCCUGACCACAAAUCCAUACUAUGACUCAAGAGUGGUUGGAAAGUAUUGCGAGAAGCGCGACCCUACUUUGGCAGUGGUUGCAUAUAGAAGAGGUCAAUGUGACGAAGAGUUGGUCAAUGUCACCAAUAAGAACUCUCUUUUCAAGCUUCAAGCCCGGUAUGUGGUCGAGCGUAUGGAACCUGACCUUUGGGGCAAAGUUCUUGACCCAGAGAAUCCUUUCCGACGGCAGCUUAUUGACCAAGUUGUUUCAACUGCAUUACCUGAGAGCAAGAACCCUGAACAGGUGUCAGCUACAGUCAAGGCUUUCAUGACUGCAGACUUGCCACAUGAGCUGAUCGAGUUGCUGGAGAAAAUCGUUCUCCAGAAUUCCGCCUUCAGCGGCAAUCCUAAUCUUCAAAAUCUUCUCAUCCUUACUGCUAUCAAGGCUGAUAAGUCCAGAGUUAUGGACUACAUCAAUCGUCUUGACAACUUUGACGGUCCAGCUGUUGGAGAAAUCGCGGUGGGUGCGGAGCUCUACGAGGAGGCAUUUGUUAUCUUCAAGAAGUUCAACCUCAACGUGCAAGCUGUCAACGUUCUCCUUGACAACAUCCGGAACAUUGAUCGUGCCGUGGAGUUUGCUAACCGCGUUGAGGAAGACGAAGUCUGGAGCCAAGUUGGAAAAGCCCAGCUUAGGGAAGGUUUGGUCAGCGAUGCUAUCGAGUCUUUCAUCCGUGCAAACGAUGCCACUCAAUUCAACGAUGUUAUCCGAGCCGCAUCACAGGUCAACGCCUAUGAAGAUCUCGUUAAGUAUCUGCUGAUGGUACGUAAGAAGGUCAAGGAACCUAAGGUUGACUCAGAGUUGAUCUACGCCUAUGCGAAAAUUGAUAAGCUGGGCGAAAUUGAAGAGUUUAUUGUGCAGCCUAAUGUGGCAAACAUGCAAACCGCUGGAGAUAGGUUGUUUGAUGAAGCUCUGUACGAAGCUGCCAAAAUUAUUUUCACCCAUAUAUCCAACUGGGCACGGUUGGCAAGUACUUUGGUGAAGCUUCAGCAGUUUCAAGGAGCUGUCGAUGCCGCUCGUAAAGCCAACAGCUCUAGAACAUGGAAGGAGGUUUGCUUCGCCUGUGUGGAUGCCGAGGAAUUCAGGCUGGCACAAAUUUGUGGACUUAACAUCAUCGUCCAGGUCGAUGAUUUGGAAGAAGUCAGUGACUAUUACCAGAACAGAGGUUGCUUUGAUGAACUUAUCUCCCUUAUGGAGACCGGUUUGGGUCUCGAGCGUGCUCACAUGGGUAUCUUCACGGAGCUUGGAGUCCUUUACGCCAGAUACCGGUCCGAAAAGCUCAUGGAACAUAUCAAAUUGUUCUGUACUCGUAUCAACAUCCCCAAGCUCAUUCGUGUUUGUGACGAACAGCAACACUGGAAGGAGCUUACCUAUCUCUACAUUCAGUACGAUGAAUUUGACAAUGCUGCCGCUACAAUUAUGAACCAUUCUCCAGAGGCAUGGGACCACAUGCAAUUUAAGGAUGUGUCAGUGAAGGUGGCCAAUGUAGAGCUGUACUACAAGGCUGUGCACUUUUACUUGCAGGAGCAUCCUGAUCUUAUCAACGAUCUUUUGAACGUUUUGGCUCCAAGAGUUGAUCAUACUCGCGUUGUGGACAUCAUGCGGAAGGCCGGACAUCUUCCCCUCGUCAAACCGUAUAUGGUUGGAGUACAAAGUAACAACGUAAGUGCAGUAAAUGAAGCACUGAACGAGCUCUACGUUGAAGAGGAGGAUUACGAUCGGUUGCGAGAUUCUAUCGAUAUGUACGACAACUUUGAUCAAAUUGGUUUGGCACAGAGGGUUGAGAAACACGAACUCUUGGAAAUGCGACGUAUUGCCGCCUACAUUUACAAGAAGGCUGGACGGUGGAAACAGUCUGUCGCUCUUUCCAAGAAGGACAACUUGUACAAGGAUGCGAUGGAAACCACCUCACAAUCUGGUGACCGUGACCUUGCAGAAGAGCUGCUUACCUUCUUCGUUGACCAGGGAAAGAAGGAAUGCUUUGCCUCUUGCCUGUAUACUUGUUACGAUCUCAUUCGACCAGAUGUUGCUUUGGAAUUGGCCUGGAUGAACAACAUCAUCGACUUUGCUUUCCCAUACAUACUAAUGUUCUUGCGGGAGUACACGAGCAAGGUGGAUGAUCUCAUCAAAGACAAGGAAACAGCACAAUUGGAAGUGAAGUCAAAGGAGAAAGAAGAGAAGGAUGUCAUCCAGCAAUCGAACAUGUAUGCCCAGCUCCUGCCGUUGGCAUUACCUGCACCUCCAAUGCCUGGUAUGGGUGGGGGUUAUGACCCAGGUAUGGCUGGAGGUUACGGUGGUAUGCCUCAAAUGCCAGCAUAUGGCAUGCCUCCAAUGCCUGGUAUGGGAUACUGAGUCUGACUUUCCAAGGCAAGAUAAGUGGACAAAGAUUAGUGAAAUUCCUCUUUAGAGAUUCUUAUUGAUGGAACGGUUGCAUUGGGCGGCGAUUUGUAAGGCACCAUUGCAAGGUGGGAUUAUGUCCUUUCUACUUCACUCACUGUCCUGUCAUACCUCUGUUAGCGCGGAUGACGGACAGUGACAUUCAUUGUAGGGAUGGUAUGCUGGUGCUCUUGGCAUAGUUUGUCUUUACACAAGCCUUUUUGAAACUUAGUUUAUUGUUGAUAUAACCUGGACAGCAGUAGGGUAGGUGAUGUUAUAUGCCAGCCAAAAGACGUUCACGCCUCCUUGAAGCCCUCUAAUUGUAGAUACACAUCUUCUGAUCAUGUGAGGGUGCUGUCUGACUUCCCCUCCAUUCCCACCGGUAGACCCCUUAUACAGUAGACUUGAUCUCGCUCUGAACUCAACACACCUGGCACUAAGUGAUGUAUUAUGGGGGUCUAUAGCUUUUUUUCCAGCCGUGAGAGUGUAACAAUCACUUCAGAAGUUUUGUUGUAGAGUGCGUCCUCUCGACUUCCCUUCGAGCUUCUUGUAGCUAAGGAGUUAGCAUGAAUAAUGGGGUACUGCGUAGGAUAACCAUUAUAGUGAUGCUGGUUAGGGAUGGUAGGGCUAGAGAAGGGUACGCUCUCUAAAGCUGCAGCCUAAGGUUUCCAGGUUUGUGGAAGUAACGGGGGCAAUGAAUUGUUGUCUGCUGGGAUCAGGCGGAGACGUAGAAUUCUGUGCUCUCAGCACGGAGAAGAAUCAGCAAUGCAGUGGUUGGCUUCUUUUCUUAACAUCAAUAUUAGCUCGUUCUUCACUUCGUUGUACUUGUGUAACGUCUUCUCAUAUUUCUAAUGACAUUGUUGGAU